CCUAGCUGAAAUGUGCAUUCAUGAGUGUCGAACACGUGCUGGUGACACUACUCCCCGCGUUAACUGAAAACCGCUGAAAAACCCACGACCAUUUCCUGAUCUUCCAGUUUCGCCGAGCGCACGCGGCUCCUACUCAGCCUCUCUCCCCAGCACACCGUCCUGCAAUCGCACCAUCUUACCGUGACUGUCUGAAAGUGUCUCGGAAUGACGGGGAACAACUCCAUUCCGCUUGACGAGGCUACGCUGCAGAUGUUUGCGAACAAAGCGGCGAGCCAUGCGGUCUCUGUGCUCUACGUCAUUGUCACGUUGAUCAGUUUGCCUGCUAAUGGCUUCUCCUUGUGGCUGCUGGCGUUCCGCACUUCGCCCAAGACCUCCUCAAUCAUCUUCAUGAUCAACCUCACCAUCACAGACCUGGCGGUAGGCGUGGUGUUACCUUUCCAGAUCGUCUACCAAAGCACUGGCUACAACUGGAACUUCGGCUCCGGCAUGUGCAGCCUGAUGACUGUGAUGUUUUACUCCAACAUGUACUGCUCCAUCCUGACCAUGACCGCCAUCAGCGUCAACCGCUACCUGGGCAUCGUACGGCCCAUGCAGUUCAAGGAAUCAAAGUGUCGAAGGGGUUGGGCUGUAGUCGGAUGCAUACUCAUGUGGGCGACCGUCCUAUUGGCCCUGUUCCCGCUGCAGAAGACUGACCUUACUUACAAGGUUGCUGCUCUCAAUAUUACCACGUGUUUUGAUGUGCUGAAGAAAAGCAUGCUCCCAAAUAUAGCACACUGGGCUCUCUUCCUCUUCACCCUGUUUGUCAUUCUCUUUCUGAUUCCCUUUGUGAUAACGGUCUUCUGCUAUAUCAGCAUCAUCAAGAAGCUGAUCAUCAAAGGAACGACCGUCCAGAAGAGACGGUCCCUGCACAUGGCGUUCUUGGUGCUCUUGGUGUUCGUUCUGUGCUUCGCUCCCAAUAACAUCAUCCUUCUGGCCCACAUCGUCCGCCGGCUGUUCUUCGACGGCUCCUUCUACAUGCAGUACAAGCUGACGCUCUCGCUCAGCUGCAUCAACAGCUGCUUGGACCCCUUCAUCUACUAUCUCGCCUCCAAGGACUUCCGGCGAAAUCUGAGGGGGGCUCUCGGAAUGCAAACCAGCAGCAGUGGGGACCAUCCCAUGUCUGACCAGCACAGAGAGAGCUUCUUCUCAGCUCGUUCUCUGUCCCAAGGACAUGCUGAAGAAUAGAAGCUUGUCACACCCGCGAUGUCUGAACAGUGGAGACAUUUGGUAAAAUUACCCUCUGAGAGAUGCCGUGGAAACAAUGCGGGCAGCUGCAUAGGCGUUUUGAGAAGUUGCACUAUGGCACACACACACCAUGUGACUGGCAGUAUUAACGUGUUAUGUCUGAAACAAACGGAAUCAGGUUCCUUUAUCCGAGUUCUUUGUGCGUGUUUCAGACCUGUUUUUGACUUUUUGUUUAUACUACGUAGAUGCACAAAUGCAUCUGAAAUGAAUUACCAAACCACGCACUUAUCUUGAGACUGCUCUUACGUGCCUGACAACACGUCAGCGUGAAGUGUAAGAUAGCAUCCAAUGACAUGAGUAUUAAUCCCUUACUUUCUCGCUUAAUCCUCCUUAAAGUCAUGGGUAGCCUUACAAAUGUACGUUUGUUCAGCUAAAUGUGUCUAAUCUGCCCAGAUGUUAUAUGAGGACGGCAGGAGGACAAGUAGUUCGAGCCUUCGCUUUGCAAUCAAAAGUCCAGAUUCUCACCUCUGCUUUUGCUAUAGUACCCUUGUUCAAGGCACUUACUGCGAAUCAUUUCAGUAAAAAUUA